UAACCCGCAGUAAAGUGUAGUGAAACAAAAUUUGAUUAGAGUGUGAAAACUAAGCGAAAAAUGAUCUGGUACAAAUCAAUAGAAAUGCUAUUAAAUCUCGGCCCGAGUAUUACAAAAGGCGCCCUCACUUUCACGUGGUAUUUAUUGCUACUCAUUACGUGCCAUGAUGAGGAGUAGAAGCGAUAUUUAACUCUAAUUACCCAUUUUAGUAAUAGGAUGAUAAUGAAAUAACGACAAUAAUCGUAGAAAUAAUAGAGAUUGUAAUUCUAAGAGAUCAGCCGAUUUAUUGUAUUACAAAAUAUGGCGAACACGGCGCAUUUAAUGAGGCGACAGAGCUCGCGGGAUCUGUACGCCCAGCGAUCCAUGGACCGCAUGGAGAUGAAAGAGCUAAGAGGGCGUCUGGUUACUAUGGAAAACGGGCAUCCUUCGCACCGUACCCACGUAAUGUACGGGGCUACAAACGAGGCUUUUGAAGAUACGAGUCCUAACCGCCAGUCCUCCGAAACACCUACAAGCAAAGCCAGUUCGGAAGCAGAAAGAGCAGGUGUGAAACCUGCGGGAGGAGAAGGCGAGAGAGAGUCAUGGGAUAGUAAACUCACAUUUCUUUUGGCUACAGUUGGAUACGCGGUUGGUUUGGGAAACGUCUGGAGAUUCCCUUAUUUAGCCCAAAAGAACGGCGGGGGAGCUUUCUUGAUCCCUUAUUUUGUGAUGUUAGCAAUUGAGGGUAUUCCGAUAUUUUAUUUGGAGCUCGCCAUUGGGCAGCGACUGCGAAAAGGCGCGAUCGGGGUUUGGCACCAAGUCUCGCCGUAUUUGGGCGGCAUUGGAAUUUCAUCCGCCGUGGUGUCCUUCAACGUGGCACUAUAUUAUAACUCAAUAAUCGCAUGGUGUUUGUUUUACUUCGCUCAAAGCUUCCAAGCGGAGUUACCCUGGGCUGAAUGUCCGAAGAAAUACUUGCCGAAUAGAUCAUACAUCACUGAGCCGGAAUGUGCUGCGAGCGGUCCCACACAAUACUUCUGGUACCGAACCACGCUGCAAAUCUCGGAGGACAUAAACUAUCCCGAGACCUUCAAUUACAAAAUUGCCUUAGCCCUUGUUAUAGCCUGGAUCCUAGUGUAUAUGUGCAUGAUUAAGGGCAUAGCCUCUUCGGGAAAAGUUGUAUACGUUACUGCCACGUUUCCUUACAUCGUUCUUGUUAUAUUUUUCUUCCGAGGAAUAACUUUGAAAGGCAUGGGGGACGGCCUAAUCCAUUUGUUUACUCCAAAGUGGCAUACGAUUUUAGAUCCAGUUGUUUGGCUCGAAGCUGGUACACAAAUAUUCUUCUCAUUGGGCCUUGCUUUCGGGGGUCUUAUAGCUUUUUCCUCCUAUAAUCCUGUUGACAACAACUGCUAUAGAGAUGCCAUAAUGGUUUCUAUGACAAACUGCUUAACGUCGAUGUUUGCUGGCAUAGUUGUGUUCUCAAUAAUUGGAUUCAAAGCAACUAUGGUGUAUGAAAAAUGUUUGGAUGUUAGAAACGAGACUUUGUUGCAAGUUUUUGGAUCAGGAUAUAAGUCAAUGUCUUUUCCUGAUGCUGGAGAGAUGGUUACGAUGGAGUUGAAUGGGAAUAUGACGCAGUUGGUGAUGCCAAAUUUGCCGGAGUGUGAUCUACAAAAAGAAUUGGAUAAUACCGCUUCAGGCACAGGGCUAGCGUUCAUAAUAUUCACUGAAGCAAUAAAUCAAUUUCCUGGAGCUCAGUUUUGGUCUGUACUAUUCUUUCUAAUGCUAUUUACUCUGGGAAUCGACUCGCAAUUUGGAACUUUGGAAGGAGUCGUCACAUCGAUCGUGGAUAUGAAGCUAUUCCCUAAUUUGAGAAAGGAGUAUCUGACAGGAGGAAUUUGUUUAGUAUGCUGCAUUCUAUCUAUGGGUUUCGCUCAUGGAGCCGGCAGCUAUAUAUUUCUGCUAUUUGACAUGUAUAGCGGAAAUUUUCCUUUGCUAAUCAUUGCGUUUUGCGAGUGUGUCGGGAUUGCUUACGUCUAUGGUGUCAAAAGAUUCGCAGACGACAUAGAAUUAAUGACCGGCACGCGACCAGGCAUCUAUUGGCUGAUUUGCUGGAAGUACCUUUCCCCAUUGGCGAUGCUUCUCAUUCUUAUAUCUUCAUUUUUCGAGCUAGCUACGGAGGGUUCAGGGUAUGAUGCCUGGAUCCGAUCGGAGGGGGAUACUGUUAGGAAACCGUGGCCCAUUUGGGCUGUGUUACUGGUUCUUGUGUUGGUACUGGCGUCGGUGCUGUGGAUUCCUGGACUUGCUAUAUGCAGAUAUUUCGGCUACCCGAUAAUCGAAGACGAAGAACGCGCAUGGUUUCCAGCCGAAGAACUUCGUGAUUUCCACGGCAUCGAGCCGAGACCCGUGUCCACGGCGGAGACACUGCUUUUCUGCACUAGACCUGAUGGGAGUGAGGGUUGCUGCUGGCCUGGGUGCUGCGAAACUGAUGAUGAGGAGUAGUAGUUUGUUUGUUACCUGUCUGGAAUCGCAGUCAUUUUAAAAAUCAUGCGUUUUAAGUGUUCAAAAAUUUUGGACUUAUUUGUACUUGAAUACAACAAAGUUAGACCACAUUUUUUAACGUCUUAAUGAGAGCUCACAUGAACAUUUUGAAAAUGGACUUCAAAUUCGCUAUUCGAUUUCUCAAAUAACACGGACAAUCUUUGUUAAUAUCAAUAGUGGAGAGCUAUUCUGUUUUUUGAGCAAAACAGUCUAUAGUGUAGUGCCAAUAAAGAGUGACGGGACAAACAAAUAUUGUCGUUCCUUUCGAACUCCUGAUUUCAGAAUGUUGAUUUUGAUUCCGUUUUCACAUGUGACCACAAAUUUAAACCUUUUAUCAUAAGCAUUUCAUUCUCACCAUACAAUCAAAAUAACAUAAUAAAUUUUUGAACACUUCGAACGCAUAAAAUCAUCUGCCAUGAGCUGUCAGUGCUGAUAUUCGAUAGAGAAUAUUUAAAUAGCUAUUUUGCAAAUUGUAAGUUCUCAAAAAAGUAAAUUUACCCUUGUAACCCCUAAGAGGAAAAUCAAAGGAAAAUAAUAGAGGAGCCGAAAAAUUCAAAAUACACAUGAUGAUAUCGAAAUCUAGCAAACCAACAAAGGCGAGAGUGAUAGGCAUUAUUUAGAUGUGCAUGCUACAUCGUUACCUGACCUUAUCGCCAUUUUCCAUCAGGUGAGAUUGGAGGUCAAAUGCGCAUUUAAUUUUUUACCAAAAGAGGAGCAUUAUCAGAACUAAUAACCAUUUGCGAAAAGAUAAGGGUAACAAAUUAGAGGUUUUUGAACACGACAGGUGCUUCUUCAUUUUCA